UCGGCGGCGAUUUCUGGACGCGUGCUGCAUCCCCGCGUUUGGUAUGAGUGUCCUCGCGGGGGCCCGCACGAGGCUGCUGCUGCCUCCAGUCUGGCGCACAGUUAUUCCUUUCCUUUGGAAGGUGAAAUACUUCAGCUCAGGAAAGGAGUCAGCAAAAAGUAAUCAUGUUACCCCAAUGCUUCGACAUCUCACAUACAAAAUAAAAGCAACUGGCCCCAUUACAGUGGCUGAAUACAUGAAGGAAGUCUUAACCAACCCAGUAAAGGGCUACUAUGUACACCAAGAUAUGAUAGGAGAAAGAGGGGACUUUAUUACCUCACCUGAAAUAAGUCAGAUCUUUGGAGAGUUACUAGGGAUAUGGUACAUUAGUGAGUGGAUGGCUUCAGGAAAAAGCUCAACUUUCCAAUUGGUGGAAUUGGGCCCAGGUAGGGGCACUCUUACUGGUGAUAUUUUGAGGGUCUUCAGUCAACUUGGGUCUGUGCUAAAAAACUGUGACAUUUCUGUACAUUUGGUGGAAGUAAGCCAGAAAUUAAGUGAAAUCCAAGCCUUGACCCUGACUGAUGAGACAGUCACCCUAGAGCACAAUGCUGAAUCACCAGUGUACCUGAAAGGUAUCACAAAGUCUGGAAUUCCCAUUUCCUGGUACCGGAGUCUGCAAGAUGUACCACAAGGUUACAGUUUUUAUUUAGCACAUGAAUUUUUUGAUGCUCUUCCUGUGCAUAAGUUUCAGAAAACCCAACAAGGAUGGCGAGAAGUUUUAAUUGAUGUAGACCCACAGGAUUCUGAUAAACUGAGGUUUGUGUUGGCCCCCUCUGCCACCCCAGCAGAAGCCUUUAUUCAGCCUGAGGAAACAAGGGAUCAUGUGGAAGUGUGCCCUGAUGCUGGAGUUUUCAUUCAGAUACUUUCUAAAUGUAUUGAAGAAAAUGGAGGUGCUGCACUGAUUGCUGAUUAUGGCCAUGAUGGGACAAAGAUGGACACUUUCCGAGGCUUUUGUGGUCACAAGCUUCACGAUGUCUUAAUUGCUCCAGGAACAGCAGACCUAACCGCUGAUGUGGACUUCAGCUUCUUGCGGAGAAUGACUCAAGGGAAAGUGGCCUCCUUGGGCCCUAUACAGCAAUGCAGUUUUUUAAAAAAUAUGGGCAUUGAUGUCCGAUUGAAGGUUCUUUUGGACAGUUCCAGUGACGACGCUGCUACAAGGAAACAGCUGAUUCACGGUUAUGAUAUGCUAAUGAAUCCCAAGAAGAUGGGAGAACGAUUUAAUUUUUUUGUCUUACUGCCCCAUCACAGACUUGCAGGUGGAAACACAUGCCAAUCAAAAUCAGUACCAUCACCUGUAGCUGGCUUUGGAGAACUUGUUUGGAAGUGAGGCCACAGCUAGGCUACUUCUCCGCUGUGCUCACCUCUUCCUCACCCCCCACCUUUUAGAUACUCUUAUCUUCUUUCCCAUUUUGCAUCCUCCCACAAAAAGAGAAAACCUAAAGAAAUUGAGUUUUCACUUUGUGCCACAGCUAACUUAUCUCAAAAUGCAUUAUCAUCUUUCUAAACUGU